AUGGCCAUAAAAUUCAUAGUCUUUCUCAUCAUUGGAGCAAUUGCUUUGCUCCUUGUCCUCUCCCACUCCUCCCUAAACAACCACGCCGCCCAUCCACACGACUGCCUUGACCUCCAUUCCGACUGGGAGGACGACAUCGACUUCAAUCUCACCAAAAACAUCAUACGUUUGUUCCCUGAUAUUGAUGUGGACCCCACUGAUCAGUAUGUCUCCGUCCACGAACUUACUCAGUGGAAACUUCAUCAUCUCCAAACUAAGCAAUUGCAUCGCAGCAAGAGGGAGAUGAUCGUUUACGAUAAAAAUCUCGACGGUUUUGUCUCCUUCGCUGAGAUCGAGUACCGUCUUCCCCCUCCACCACAAUACACAGAUGGUGAUUCUUUUGGUUAUGAUAUGAGAGUGCUGGAAGAAGAGCAUUUUAAUGCAUCCGAUACAGAUGGAGACGGUCGUCUAAACUUACCUGAGUUCCAUGAUUUUCUUCACCCAGCUGACAGCAACAACCCAAAGCUUCAACAAUGGUUGUGCAGGGAGGAAGUCUGGGAACAUGAUACCGACAGAGAUGGGAAGGUCAGUUAUAUAGAAUUUGUCAAUGGGCUCUUUGUUUCCAUAAGAUCCUAUGAUGAAGAAACUUACGGUUAUUCACAUCAUUAUGUUUCGAAUAAUGCUUAUUCUGAAUUUAUGUUUUCUCAGCUUGACAAAGAUCGUGACGGGUAUUUGUCGGCUAUUGAACUUCUACCUAUAAUUGGGAAAGUCCAUCCAUCUUGGCGUUAUUAUGCAAGGAAGCAGGCGGAAUACUUUGUUUCCCAAGCACAAGUUGGCAAAUAUGGGCGCCUUAAUUUGAAUGAGAUGAUUGAGAAUGCAGAUAUAUUAUAUGCUGCCAUUUUCCGCGAUGAGUUCUAUAAAAAAAAGGAGUUGGUGCUAGUCUAA